CGGACAUCAUCAUCAUCCACACAGGAGGAAAGGUUUCUUCAACGCACGAAGGUCACCGCUGACUCAUUCCCCUCCCGAACCUCUCUCCACUCAACGGCAGAAUGAGUUACGUCGCUAAGGGCGAGAAGGAAUACGACGCCGCGGGAGCUGAGCCCGCUCCAAAAAUCCACAAAAUCCGUAUCACCUUGACCAGUAGCAAUGUCAAGAACCUGGAGAAGUUUUCAGCUGAACUCAUCAAUCGGGCAAAGGACAAGAAUCUACGUGUCAAAGGUCCCGUUCGCCUUCCUACUAAAGUAUUGAAGAUCACGACCCGUAAAUCCCCCUGUGGUGAAGGUUCAAAGACAUGGGACCGCUACGAACUCAAAGUCCACAAACGUCUGAUCGAUUUGCACUCUUCCAGCGAAAUUGUCAAGCAGAUCACCUCCAUCAGCUUGGAACCUGGUGUCGAAGUUGAAGUUACGAUAUCUGGGUAAUGCUUCGAUGUAGUCAUACGAUCAUACUCGUUGUUAUAUUCAGAACCAGCCGUCCUGCCGCUCAUCUAAAUAUUAAGUCUGAAUUAGAUUAGCAGCGAACAUGAAAGCUAAUGAAAGGCAGUAAAGAAAACAAAGCAGCUACAUGUAGACAGCAUAAGAUCCAAUGACCGGUCGGUGGUCGCUGCGCGCUUCUAAACGACGCAUGCCCCUGUCAUCGAGGCUAUCGUAACUAAGGCAGACAACUUCCCCUCUAGCAAACUGAGGAGUCCAAUUGUCCUGUGUGGCUUGUGUAGCUACAGUCUGGGAGGUGUCUCUUCUGAAUGGGAAGAAUCGCCAUCGAGUGGAAGCAGGCGGUGUUGGCGUAGGGUCCUUGUAAAGAUACGGCUCAGUGUGUUCGUCAGCAGUGUGAGCAGGCGGAAAAC